AUGGCUAAAAUACUUAAAUGUCCAGACUGUAAUCGACCAAUAUUAACUGGUAAAACCCGAGAUCUUAAUAAACACAUGAAUUUAAAUGAAAACCUUCGUAAAGGACAAUGUUUACCGGCUUUGUGUUUAAUGCAAAACCCAGUUCCAGCUUCACUAGAAAAUCAGAUACCAGCUCCAGAGGGCAAUCUUAUUUCAUUUGAUGAAAAUCCACUGACAGCAUAUAAAAGAAUUAACGAUGAAUUAGAAGCAAUAGCAGAAAAAACUAAUGAUAGAAUUGAUAUGUGCAAAUCAGGAAAUUAUACAUUAACAUCUAUAAAACUUUUCAAAGAAACUACUUUAGCACCAUUAAAAAAAAAAUAUGAAAGAGAAGCUAUUCAAUAUGAUGUAAAUUUGAUGUAUAUAUAUGAAAUGUUAAAGAAAGAAGCAUCAUGGCCUGUUGUAUCAGAUUAUGAUGGACAAGAACCACCACAUACUUAUUAUGCAAAACUUAGAGCUAUAAAUGAAACAGUCAGACCUUUAGGUGUUGACACUUUUAAUGCCACAAAAAGAGCAAAUAUCAUGAAAAGUAAAAUGACAGGUAGAUUUUUUCCAGUUCCAGCACAAAACCCCUAUAAUGCUAAUGCGAAUAUUGUUACAGAAGCAGAA